UGCAGUGUGUUCGACAUGCAAAUCGCAUGUGGAGCAUUUGCGAUUGGCAUCUAUGUCCAGAUCGGCGUACAAGGACGACGGCGACAAAAUCCGCUCAAAAGAGGUUGUAUUUGCAGUUGACCUCCAGAAGGUUAUCCAGCUUCCCCGUCUAGAAGGCAUGAAGUCGAUAGUCUUUACACAACGCUUAUUAGCAUACAACGAAACUUUCGCGCCGGUUCACAAUUAUUCAAAAGCGUUUCCCGUUAUUGCCUGUGUAUGGGACGAAUCGACUUCAGGAAGGUCAGCUGGUGACAUUACGAGCUGCUUCGACAAAGUUGUGGACUGGUGCUGCAGCAAUGGCUUGGAAAAAGUUACGUUCUGGCUGGACAAUUGUUCCAACCAGAACAAAAAUUGGAAUUUGUUCCUUUAUCUGACCCUUCUGCUGAAUGCAAAGGAAACUACAGUGAAGCAACUAACUCUAAAGUUCUUCGAAUCCGGUCAUACGUUUAUGGCAGCGGAUUCGUUUCACGCUGCUGUGGAAAAAGCAAUGCGAAAUGGUGAGCCGGUAUGCACAUUUCCUGAAUUCAAACGAGUUGUACAAAAAGCGAAAAGUAACGUUGUUGUGGAAGAUAUGUCGGUCAAUGAUUUUUUUGAGAUGAAAAUGACGGUUUCGCAGUAUACGUUAACUAACUGCAAGCCACGUCCUUAUAUCGAGAAUAUCAGGAAAAUCAUUUUCGAAAAAGGCAGCUACGAAAUGAACUACAGCAGCGCUGUGAAUGACAGCGAAAAAAUGCAUUCUUGUUGCAUCAUGUCUAAGAAGCAGAUGAAGAUCGUUAUCCAUAAGGAUUUCAAUUUGGCGAAUAUCCUAACGCGUCGUAAAGAUCCAGCUGGUAUAACUACCGACCGUAAGAAGGCGCUGUUGAAUGCUAUUUUGCCAGUUAUCAAAGAGGAGCAGAAGCUGUUUUGGAAUAACCUUCCUGAGCAAUAAGUUUAAGUUCUAUGUAACUUUUGAAUGAAAUUUUGAGUUUUUUUUCGAAUAAAAUGGAUUUAAACAAAUUUAGUGUGUAAUAUGAGUUUAAUUUAAGUUUUACUUUACAUAAUAAGCACUUCUAUUGCUUAGCACGGUUUAAAAAUGAACAAUUUAAUACAUCAGUUAGCUCCCCGCGAUCAAUGAAGUCAACGUGACUGUUAUGCGAAUAUUUUCGACAUGGGACAACACAAACGGGUUUGGAUUUUUCAUAUUUUACGA